AGGCGCAGGGGUUCCUGGACGACGCCGGCCAGCCCAUUGACAUCGAUACCCAUCGCCGCAAGCUCUUCGUCAUUGAGCAGGAGCUCGCCACGGCCGACGCCGUGGAGCGGCAGGCGGCCGUCGAGAAGGAGAGGCGCCUCCGGGACAGGCAGAUCGAGCUCAGGCGCCAGGAGACCGCGGAGAAGCACCACCGCCAGGUCCAGGAGUUCCGCGAGAAGCAGCGCCAGAGGAUCCAGGCGCUCCGCGAGGUGCGCGGCUCUGCGUCGCCCUCUUGCUGGACGCCCUCCGGAGAAGCGAGCCGCAGCGCCAGCAGUUUGCCGGCGAUCGGCGGGGGUGGCAGGAGCGCGCCGCAGAGCGGGGGCGCCAAGCUGACCUCGGCGUGAGGGCCAGGGGCUCUCGCCGCGCCCGCUGCCCGGCGGCCCCCACGGUUUCAACAUAUGGGGAAUCCUUUUAUUUGUGUGCCGUAGGAAGAGAUGUUGGCUCCAGCCUUCUUUGCUGAAUCUUCGUGUGGCCCCAGUCGGUAUGAACGCUUUUGGCACUGAGCAUGUUGAUCUGCAUCUAGCAGUUUGGUCCUCCUGAUCGGGGAGUGCAAGAAGAAUAAUGUCGCGUAAGAAGCUUGAGGCGCUACUCUGGACACUUGCAAGCGUAGCUCCCCCACUCCUUCUGCUAUCUCUCGUGCUCC